AUGGCGAAAACCUUUUUCCAUACCCCAAAGAGGAAAAGAAGAGUGUACGAGAAUUAUGAGUCUCCACUUCUGAUCCCCUUUGGUCAGAAAGACUUCAAAAUAUUCCAUGCUGAAAUGAUAAACAACAAUGUAGUUGUGAGGAAUGCAGAAGAUAUAGAGCAGCUGUAUGGGGAAGGUUAUUUUGGAGAAGGAAUCCUGUCUAGAAGCCGUCCAAACUUCACCAUUUCAGGUCCCAAGCUGGUUGUUAAAUGGAAAGAUAUUAAGACAAAUGUGCCUAUAAUCACACCAAAGAAGUAUCACCGUAGUGUAGAAUGGGCCACAAAGCUCAUGCGGGGACAGGGGAGGGAUGAGAGUACCAGAAUCCUUGAAGAUUACACAAAACCACUUGAGCAUCCUUGCAUAGAACAGAAUGAAGACGUUCCAUUGCAUGAUAAGCUGAACUCUGAAAUGGUUUCCAAAAUAGAAGCCACAGCAGAUAGAAAGAAACUUUCUGUGAUGAACAGGGACUUGGGAAAGUCAGUUGAUAUGGAGGAUCCCAGCAAGCCAUCAGACUGCCUGCAGGACGGCUCUGGGCAUGACCCACUCACUGCAAACGGCUUGGAUAUACACUUAUUAGAGGUCACUGUACCUCUGUCCCAAGUCCAUGGUAACCAAAACGAUGUUCUCUCCCAGUGUGGUACUCAGGACAGCAGCCAACAAAUGGGUCUCCUCUGUGCCAGAGAGAGAGGACCUGAUGAUGAGUACCUGCUGGUGGCGGAAGUCGUGUGUGAUGUGAGCGAGAAGGAAGAUGCCCCAAGCAAGAAAGCCUUCUUCCUGGUCUAUGUUCUGGGAUGUCUAAGUAUUUACUAUGAAAAAGAGCCUUUAAUGAUUGUGAAACUCUGGAAAGUUUUCACGGUAGUUCAGCCCACAUUCAGGACUACCGAUAUGGCAUACCAUGACUUCCGAGGCAAGGGCUGGGUGCCCAAAGUGGGACUUAAGUACGGAACAGAUUUACUGCUGUAUCGAAAAGGACCUCCAUUUUACCAUGCAAGUUACUCUGUCAUUAUUGAGUUAGUCGAUGGCCAUUUUGAGGGCUCUCUUCGAAGACCUUUCAGUUGGAAGUCACCGGCUACCUUGAGCAGAGUUUCGGUGAAUGUCUUCAAGGAACUCAUGCUGUGCUAUCUGACUAAACCCUCUACCAUGACUGACAAGGAAAUGGAAUCACCAGAAUGCAUGAAGAGAAUUAAAGUUCAGGAAGUGAUUCUGAGCUGCUGGGUUUCUUCAUGAGAGAGGAGUGACCAAGAUGAACUUUAA